UUGGCCAAUUACUCUGUCAAUCAUGUAUGGUUAGGUCAUUGUUUGAAUUGUGACGUACUAGAGCGCGCGAGCUCACAAGUUUCUCUAUCUCUUUGAGAAUGGAAGCGCUUGCAAACCUCACUGAGGAAUGCAGGAAUUGAACUUAAAUUGUGAUUUAUCAGUUUUAUAUUUUUGGCUGCUUUUUCUUUGUUCAGUUAGAAGCGGCGUCCGGGUGUGUAUCGCAAGUUUCUCCAGGCUAGCGAGAAGUUAUCGUCGCCAGAGGCUUUUACGCCUCCGCGGCGAGAGCCGAAGCUCUCAACACUCAGCGGAGUGGUACAAGGAUGGGUAUAUCAUUGGCGACAGGCAGUUGCCGAAAUCACGGAUUAUACAGGUUGGCAAAGACGUUUAUGUGGUGACUUUGCGAAAAAGGCGCUCAAAGAAGCGCAAACGAAGAAGAGCGAGAGACGAGAAAAGCAAUGAACUCUUGCGCGUGCAAGGCAAGAAGAGCAAACGGAAGAGCUCCGUUCGUGACAUAUGGGCCCCAAAUAAGCGCACGGAGCGCAAACAGAAGCGAGUUAAGAAAUGGGUGAGGAGGAACGCGUAUAAGCUCAUCUCACGACAUAUCCCUCGGGACAUGUGCAGCAGCAAAGUGGACUUUUCAGGCAAGGACAUCAGUAAAAAGCUGAGAUUCCUGGAUUGCUCGAGAUGGCUGACGGAGCUGAGAGUCCUGGAUUGCUCGAGAUGGCUGACGGAGCUGAGAGGUAGUGGUUACGGGGGGAUGCUGUCCUUGUUCAUGGCGGAUCGAGAUGAGCAGGCGCCAUUACGUGAUCACACCUCCUCACCUGUGACAGGGGAGGGAAAUGCUGCUGGAAAUGGUACCCCAGACGGUACAACACCAGUACCAAAUGACCAAGAAGGGUCUGGUAAUACCGAGGGUAGAGCACCAGUAGCAAAUGAACAGAAAGGAUCUGGUAAUAUAGACGGUACAACACCAGUACCAAAUGACCAGGAAGGGUCUGGUAAUACAGACGGUACAGCACCAGUACAAAAUGAGCAGGAAGGAUCUGGUGAUACAGACGGUACAACACCAGUACAAAAUGACCAGGAAGUGUCUGGUAAUACAUACGAUACAGCACCAGUACAAAAUGAGCAGGAAGGAUCUGGUAAUACAGACGGUACAGCACCAGUACAAAAUGACCAGGAAGGGUUUGAUAGCAAAGACAGUCUUGGUUUGGGGUGCUCGGAAGCCGAUCAUCCGACUACAUCUUCACAGACCCAGGAUGUUUGUGAUACAAGUGACUCACAGCAUCAAUCGCAACAAUCGCUCGACACAGCUAUCAACGAGAUCUUGUCUGUUUCAGUGGACGAUAUGUCACCCGACGCUGCUACCAAUAGCAGUGGCGAACAGAUAUCGAAUGCUGCGAUUGCCACACAAACCUCAUGUGGUCAUGUCACGUCAUCUGCUAGUGAUGUCCCAGCAGCAUCAGGUGAUCAGGUCACGCAAUCUGCUAGUGAUUUCCCAACAGCAUCAGGUGAUCAGGUCACGCAAUCUGCUAGUGAUGUCCCAACAACAUCAGAUGACCAGGUCACGCCACCUGCUCGUGAUGUCCCAACAACAUCAGAUGAUCAGGUCACGCCAUCUGCUAGUGAUGUCCAAACAGCAACAUAUGAUCAGGUCACGCCAUCUGCUAGUGAUGUCCCAACAACAUCAGAUGAUCAGGUCACGCCGUCUGCUAGUGAUGUCCUGACAGCAAAAGAUGAUCAGGUCACGCCAUCUGCUAGAGAUGACCCAACAACAUCAGAUGAUCAGGUCACGCCAUCUGAUAGUGAUGUCCCAACAACAUCAGAUGAUCAGGUCACGCUAUCUGCUAGUGAUGUCCCAACAACAUCAGAUGAUCAGAUCACGCCAUCUGCUAGUGAUGUCCCAACAACAUCAGAUGAUAAGGUCACGCUAUCUGCUAGUGAUGUACCAACAACAUCAGAUGAUCAGGUCACGCUAUCUGCUAGUGAUGUCCCAACAACAUCAGAUGAUCCGGUCACGCCAUCUGCUAGUGAUGUCACGCCAACAUCAGAUGAUCAGGUCACGCCAUCUGCUAUUGAUAUCCCAACAGCAAAAGAUGAUAAGGUCACGCUAUCUGCUAUGAAUGUCCCAACAGCAAAAGAUGAUAAGGUCACGCUAUCUGCUAGUGAUGUACCAACAACAUCAGAUGAUCAGGUCACGUUAUCUGCUAGUGAUGUCACACCAACAUCAGAUAAUCAGGUCACGUUAUCUCCUAGAGAUAUCCCAACAAAAUCAGAUGAUCAGGUCACGCCCUCUGGUAAGAUUGUCUCUCCAGCUGAGUGCAACAUUGAUUAUCAAGAUCAAGACCCUAAACGUGGCAGGGAGAUCGCCACUGUUGAUGCUCUUAAAGAUUCAGUCGUUUUGGCGCCAGCUGAAGAAAUCAUAGAUGAUGUCAAAUCCACCAUCGAUACCACUGUCAAGGAUAAGCGAGUCCAUUUUGCACUGGACACCAUCACUAACGUACCGGUCAUCACCAGGCAGCCUCACACAUCGGUCAUCGCGGCCAGGAAAGCAGCGGAAUCCUCAUCCGCACAGCAACCACCACUACACCCUGAUUUAUUGGAAACUACUACAGCAACUAAUGUAACGCCUUCCUUGCCCGCGACAAAGCCCACCAAAGUCGCCCCAUCCCCCGAACCGAAGCGAAGGGAAAUAAAAAUUACUGCUUGGAACGAUGGAGAGUGCAGUUUUUCUGCGACACAGAAUGAUGGCAAAUAUGUCUCGCCAGAGAGAGCUACUGUUGGAGCCCCAAGCCAUUCAGCCGAUGAGCACACAAGCUCAGGGCGUCCCGGCCUUGUCCUUCGCUUCCUUCAAGGCCUGAGGAGAAUAAUGAACAACAGGAAUAUAGUCGUUCCCACGGUGACUUAUGACAGGCAGACAAACGUCCUUUUGAGCCUCAGUGUAAUUGAUCCUAGCGCCCUUGCAGAGGAGCUCACCAUGAUUGAUAGCGAGAUGCUUCGGGAAAUUGAGUUUGAUGAGAUCAAGGGCGGUGUAUGGAGGACAAGCGAGAUGGAGCAGCGGUCCCCGCACGUGCAUGCGAUGAUCCAGUUCUACAACAAUCUUUCCGCCAUCUGCGUGACAGAGAUCCUGUCCAAGGAGAAGACCAAGGACCGCGCCCAUGUUAUUGCUAAGAUCAUUAAGAUUGCCGAGAAGUGCGCGCUGAUGAAUAAUUUCAACAGCUGUAAAGCACUUUUAUCAUCUUUCCGGUUCCACGUCAUCUCGAGAUUAUCUGACACUUGGAAAAAAGUGUCCACGAAAGCUAAAAGUACUAAGGCUCACCUUUUGGCGCAAAUGUCUUCUCUCGACGAUAUCGCAAUCAUGAGACGACACCAAAGAGUGUGUCUUAAACGAGGCGUCAACUCUAUCCAGUUUCUUGGUGACAUUCUGCACCAGGUACACUACAUCGAGGAGUGCUUCUCACAGACGAGCGAUGCAAGUGACCAACCCGCUACCGGAGAGUGCUACGCCUCUACCUCUACAGUCAAGGAUGGCGAUACAUCUGUAGUCUCUACAGUCAAGGAUGGCGAUACACCUGUAGUCUCUACAGUCAAGGACGGCGAUACACCUGUAGUCUCUACAGUCAAGGAUGGCGAUACACCUGUAGUCUCUACAGUCAAGGACGGCGAUACACCUGUAGUCUCUACAGUCAAGGACGGCGAUACACCUGUAGUCUCUACAGUCAAGGAUGGCGAUACACCUGUAGUCUCUACAGUCAAGGAUGGCGAUACACCUGUAGUCUCUUCAGUCAAGGACGGCGAUACAUCUGUAAUCUGCCAAGCUCCUACCAAAGGGAUGACGAACAUUGCAUCUAACCUACCCUCAAAACAAGAAACUGAUCCUAUAUCCUCAAAUCCCACUGAAAACUCCUGCCAUACCGCGGACGCUGACCUUUCUAAUAAUUGCGUCGACCCCUCAUCUCCUGUGUUGCCUAGCAACCCAAGGCAAGGUAGCUGUACCCAUGAUGCUCUUGAGGAUGAGCUACGUCAGAUGUGGCAGACCUAUCAAGACGCCGCACAGGGUUACCGGUUCUCCCGCCGUCCCGCUGUCAAAGCUUUCCUCUUGAACGCGACAAUUAAUGACCCUGAGGACAAUGUUGAUCGGUCGUACGGCCUGGAGCACUUAAGAAAAUCUGAAAACGCUCCUGAUUGGCUGAAGAAACUUAAUGCUGAUCUCCACACUUAAAUAUUGCCACAGUCUGAUAUCAUACUAUUACUGAUUGAAUAAACUUUUUGUUAUG